AUGGAGGAUGCCCAAGCCACCGCUAAAUGGGCAAACCGUGUCCUGCGCCCCUUGACCUCCAUCUGCCGUCGAAUCGCAAAGCACAAAGAGACACUGUCGAUGAUCACGACCGAAUCCAAACCACAAGAAACUGCAGGGUGCAGUGAUGUGCCUACUUUAGAAAGCGACAACAAACCAGCAAGUCGGCAAAACCACUCGGGCUCGGAUGCGGACCCGGAUGAAAACGACCCAGCUUGGAUUCCAGGGAAAAAGCCCGAGCGACGUCGACCCAGACACAAGUAUUCGUCUAAAACAGAGGAGUCUCGAGGUAAAAAGCGCAAUAGACUAUCGGUAUACAGCCCGGAAGCCCCACGCACCCUGCCUGGCGCUAUUGAGGUCGCGACACCACUCAUCACUGGGAGGAGAUGGGAGAUGCCCUCGAGUGCACAGUUAGAACGUCCGGCAGGCCAUGUCAACCCCAACAUUCAAACAUCACAGCCGCAAGUCUUCCGCGAUCGAUAUUCCCUCCACAAGAGCCCUUGGCACGAACUUCUCAACCAGUCUGGUGAUCCGGGCUUCGCCGACAUAGCACACAAUCUUGAUCGCGUCUUCCAAAAUUUCCUUUGCAACACUAUGAUAUCCAUAAAAGAAGCUAAGCCCUUAUCUGGAAACUGCAGGCGUGGUGCACGAUCGUUGCUGUCCAUGGUGGCGCGGAGCCUACCUAAAUUUAUAGCAAGCGAGCAAGACGCACAGGACGCGUUAGACGAGGAUGGGAAUGAGGAUAUGUGCGAUGUAUAUUUUACAGAAUUGGAAGCAUUUUAUGCUCCUUACGGGGCAGGUUGGAAACCACUCCGCGAGGCUGUCCGCGCACAGGGGAUCUACUUGGUUUCCACUCUGAUACAGAAUCAUUGGAUAACGGAAUCAAUUGCCUGCGCGCUGAUCGAAAAGUGUCGUUCCUUUGCGCCCGAAGAAAGUGACUCAUUGCUCUCUACAGUGCUUUCAAUGCGCAAAAAACACCUAUACCCCCAGGCUUUAAGGCCAGUGGUUGACCAUGAUCCUUCGGAUCCGAUCCGAUUGUUACGUAAAUAUGCUCAUCAUGGCGUUGCCAGCCGCUCUUUUGUCUUCGACGAACUUGCAAAGCUUCUCUUGCGGGGAGUGCUACCCCCAGAAUGGAUGGGAACUAAGUUGUGGACUAGCUGGAUGACACGAGCAACGAUAUCCCUUUCGAGGGAGGAUGAAGACUGCCCUGCAGCUACGCGAUUGAUCGAGGCUGUGAUUCUCUCAGCUAGUGGCGUCCGCCCUGUCUCUGAUGCUCAGAGUUCUUUAUCAAAACAUCCCCCGAAGGAAAAGACUGCUCGUGCUCGUGCGACCAGGGUUGCGUCCACCACAACAUGGGAAAUCUCUAAUCUUGCGCGGCCUUGUCCCCUGCAGGUGGAAGAUGCAUUGAGCAAUCACGUCAUAAGCCUCAUGGCAGCGCUCUGUGGCAUGCACAUUUCACGGUCUCGUGCUUCUGAUGACAGUGACUGUUUGGAUGGAACGAAAGCGAGCUAUGUCACAAGCUAUCUCCAAAUAGCUCUACAGCGAGAACUGAGCUCAAAUUAUGUUGCGCAGCGGGUUCACAACACCCCUCAUCAAUUUUUACGGCGUGGCUGCAUCUUGCUGGCCACUAGCCUUGUAAAGUGCAACGACAAAAUUUUAUUGAACGAUAACCACUAUGUGAUGACUUCAUCAGCCAGUGUUGAUGAAUGCGCGGAGAUUAUAGCAACUCAUUCAGACAUGGUUAGAGAGUUGGCAUUGUUUGUGCACCAAGCGUUUCGUUGUCUCAAAAAAAGAACGCCAGACGCAACCGAACAGACUAGUGUCGAAAUACGUGACAUGAUUUCGCAACUCGCUCGCGUAGCCGAUGCACCGGCUUUGUCUGCCUUGCUUGGGCGGGUCGCCGCGGAAGCUGCCAUGGAAUUUGCAGAAGCUACAGGGGAUCCCGAUGACCACAUGUGGGCUGUGGACGUUCAAGAAGUGGCCGUGGCAAAACAGCACCAGGCAGAGACUGCCCAAAUGUCUUUGGAAGAACCCGAGCAAUCUAGUCAGAGUACCGGCCUAUUUCGUUGGGAAGAUAGCAUAGGCGAGUGGGUGGCGUCUACCCCGGUGACCAAGGGAAAGCCUAUCCUUGUGCAAAAGGCCGAAAGACCCAUGCGCAUGCUAUCAAGCCCAGUGCCCAGCAUCGCUUCUUCUACCGACACAGACAGCAGCUCACCUGAGUCUGAUCGCUUUCAAGACUAUGUCUCAAUUCUGACUUCAUCUCCCCCGCAGAUGGCGACCAAGCAAACUUUCGAGGACACAGACGUUUCAUCAAUACGGCCCAGAAAACGCCAACGACCCACCCCCGUGGUUGCUGUCGACAGAGGUGGAUGCAAUCCCGAAAAACGGUUUUCUACCGCGCCUAAAUUUAAUUCUACUGUGGAGCCAGUCACUCGUCGAGGCAUCCUGCGAGAGCGCAGCACCAAUCUAACCAGACGGAUGACCCCCGCAGCACAACAGGCGCGGAAGAUUGAAGUUGUGAUCAUCAAUCACAAAGAAAGCAGCUCACGUCAGCCUAUUGUUCGGCCGAGUUUGGAGCGUGCUGCGAAGCAAGUCCAUCGUACAGUAGAGAGGCGAAGGUCUACGCGUCGUAUUGUUGAGCCACCGGCACCUCGACAAACGCUCAUUCAAAAUUAUCAGGAUGAUGACAGUGACGACGAGCUCAGCUUCUUCUGA